UCAGAGUCAUGAUCUAAAACAAAUUGUUGCUCACCCACAUUGACUGCGUCACCCAAUUUCCUAACUACGCCUUUGUUAGUCGGUGCAGUGAUCGGUCUUCUAUCUGGUUGAGCUUUGAAAUCUCCUUCGCUUGUCUAAGCACUUCUCUAGAAGGAGCUAAGGUUAGUUGUUGAAUGGCGUCUUCUACUCUACCGGACAUGGAUGACGAGAUGGAUGAGGAUUUUUUUGAUAGAUUGAUUAAAGAUGAUGAUGAUUAUGGGAAUGUUUGUGUUGCAUCCGCGCCUAGUAUUGUCAAAGAAGAUGAUUCAGAUGAUGCUAAGGUGAUUUCUAAUUUAACGAUUAGUGAAACCGGCCCUUCUGGAAUAGACUUUGAUGUUAAAGAAGGUUUUAAGGUCAAUGAUGAACAGGGUUGUGAUAGUGCGGACGUCUUGGCAUCUGUGGAUAUUCAUGAGAACAAUGUAGUUAAUAAAGAGCAGAAUUCAGCUGCAAACAGUGAUGUAAAUGACGCUAGUGAGGUCAGCUUAAGGCAGGACGUUGGAUUGGAAAGUAAAAUGUCUGGAGAAAGUAGUACGUAUUCAGGAACAUGUGUCAAAGAAGUCCAUUGGGCUUCCUUCAACUCGGAUAUACAUAGUCAUAGUGGUGAUAAAGUCAAGUCAUUUUCAGAUUUUUUUGGUGAGGUGGGGGAUGAUACAGAUGAUCCAUUUGCAAACGUUGAAGCCAUGGAUAAUUCCGGGUCAGAGUUGAAUACAAACAAUGAGGUCACGGGAAAGUUUGUUAAUGAUUUUGGGUCCUCAAGUUGUGGACAAUACUCGGUUGGCAAUGAAUACCUUGGUGCAGAAUCUGAACAGAAUGCGGGUGGACAUGAUUUGACUGGCAGCCAGGAUUGGGAAAAUCAUUAUCCAGGAUGGAAAUACGACCCAAUAACUGGGCAGUGGCAUCAGUUGGAUGGACACAAUGCAAAUAUGCCUGGAAAUGCAAAUGGUUAUGUUCAGGAGAGUAUUGAUGUGUCUGCCCAAUCAGGUAAUGUUGUUUCAGAGCAAAGUGCAAGUGCUUAUUAUUCACACCAUACAUCCCAAUCUGUUACUGGAAGUGUGGGGACUGGCUUGUUUACCACUGAUGGUGUCUCUAACUGGAAACAGAUUUCACAAGGAAAUGAGCAGUACCCAGCUCAUAUGGUGUUUGAUCCCCAAUACCCUGGGUGGUACUAUGACAUGAUUGCACAAGAAUGGAGAUCAUCGGAAUCUUAUGCUCCAGUUGUGAAUCAGUCAACUUCUAGUGGUUAUAAUCAACCUUAUCAAAAUAAGAGCUUUGAAAACAGCGAGUCACAAAUGCAUCACAGUCGGGAAUAUAUCUCAAAUUUGGCUGUCACAUCAAGUGAAGAACAGGGAUUGAAAAAUCAGUAUGGUGCAACGGGCAUUCUAGAUUCUUCUAAUGAACAAACUGGAAGUGAAAUUUAUGGAUCAACUUCUUCCCAAAAACAGGCAAACCAGAAUUUUGACAACGGCAAUGGAAAUGCAGGGUUUCAUAGCUUUAAUUCUAGUGAACAGUUUCCUCAGCAUCAUAAUCAGACAAAAGUGGAACCAAGCCAGAAUAUGCAAUUCUCUCCUGCUUAUUUUGAUAGUCAGAAAGCAAUAGCUUUCUCACAGCAGCCCUUCCUAAGUGACACUCAGUUUUCUUAUGUACCAAGUGAAGGAAGGUCGUCUGUAGGACGCCCUCCACAUGCUCUAGUUACUUUUGGGUUUGGUGGAAAACUCAUAGUCACAAAACGUGGCAGUUCCUUUCACUCAAACUCACCAUACGAAAACAAGGACUCUGGAGGUGUGUUCAAUGUUCUCAACUUAACAGAAGUUGUCCUGGACAAAGCUGAUGCUUCAAACUUUGAAUUAGGUUAUCAUGAUUACUUCGUUGCUCUGUGCCAGCAACCUUUACCUGGCCCUUUGGUUGGUGGGAAUGUUGGAAAUAAGGAGUUGAACCAGUGGAUUGAUGACAGGAUAUCAAAUUGUGACAUGAACUACAGAAAUGGGGAAGUCUUGAGAUUACUUUUCUCAUUGCUGAAAAUAUCAUGUCAAUACUAUGGGAAACUUCGAUCACCCUUGGGGACCGACCAAGGAUCAAAGGAAAAUGAUUGUCCAGAGUCAGCUGUAGCUAAGCUUUUUGCAUCUGCUAAAAGAAGUGGUAUGCAAUCGGGUGAGUAUGGUGCAUUCAUGCACUGCGUACAGAACUUGCCGUCUGAGGCAGAGAUUCAGGCUACUGCUGUUGAGGUACAAAAACUUCUCAUCUCUGGUCGAAAGAAAGAAGCUCUAGAAUGUGCACAAGAAGGUCAAUUGUGGGGGCCAGCACUUGUGAUUGCAACCGACCUCGGUGAUCAGUUUUAUGGUGAUACUGUUAAGAACAUGGCACUUAAGCAGUUUGUUGCAGGAUCACCAUUGCAGACAUUGUGCCUUCUAAUGGCAGGGAAUCCUGCAGACCUAUUUUCCAAUGUCGCAACUAGAGUUGGUCUCCAUGGUUAUUUGGGUGCACCUCAACAAGCUUUACAGAUUGGGGCUCAUGGUCUGUUAGAUGCAUGGGAAGAUAAUUUAUCCAUGAUCACUGCAAACAGAACAAAAGAUGAUGAGCUUUCGAUUGUCCGUCUCGGAGAUUGCCUGUGGAAGGGGAGGGGUGAGGUCACUGCUGCGCACAUGUGUUAUCUAGUUGCAGAAGCCAACUUUGAGCUGUACUCAGAUACUGCCAGACUGUGUCUUCUUGGUGCAGAUCAUUUGAAGUUUCCACGAACAUAUGCUUUUCCUGAGGCAAUUCAGAGGACGGAAUUAUAUGAGUACUCAAAGGUGCUUGGGAAUUCGCAGUUUCUCCUUCAUUCCUUUCAGCCAUAUAAGCUUAUUUAUGCCCACAUGCUUGCUGAAGUUGGAAAAGUGGCAGAAUCUCUGAAGUACUGUCAAGCAAUCCUGAAGUCUCUAAAAACUGGUAGAGAACCUGAAGUGGAAACAUGGAGGCAAUUGGCGUCCGCUCUUGAGGAGCGGUUGAGAAUCCAUCAACAGGGUGGUUAUAGUACCAAUUUGGCUCCAAAAAAACUCGUGGGCAAGUUGCUCACCUUCUUUGAUAGUUCUCCAAGUCGAGUAGUGGACAGCCUACCUCCACCUGUGCCAUCAACAUCACAUGGCAGUGUUAAACGAAAUGAAUAUGCUCAGCAACCAGAGGUGUCAAAAGUGUCCAACAGUCAAUCAACAAUGGAUGUGUCAUCAGUAAUGCCGUCAGCAUCAAUGGGACCCAUAAGUGAACGGACUGGAGAUUCUACUCGAGCUACAAUUUCUAAUAGGAGCAUUUUAGAGCCAGAUUUUGGUAGAACCCCUGGAAAGGCUGAUUCAUCCAAAGGUGCAAACUCUUCUGAUACCCAACUAAAAGCAUCUGCGCCGGUUGGAUCAUCUCGUUUUGGUCGGUUUGGUUCACAGAUAUUCCAAAAGACGGUGGGUUUGGUCUUAAGGUCUCAACCACACCAGCAGGCUAAAUUGGGUGAGAAGAACAGAUUCUAUUACGAUGAAAAGCUAAAGCGGUGGGUUGAGGAAGGUGCCGAACCUCCAGCAGAGGAAGUGGCUCUGCCACCACCACCAUCAACAACUGCUUUCCAGGGUACCGUGCCAUAUGACAACAUAAAAGACACACCAAAAGUUGAAAGCCACUCAAAUGGCGUGCCAGAAUAUUUCAGUCCAAUCUCCUCUGAAAAGGGAUCAGGAAUCCCACCCAUUCCACCAAGUUCAAAUCAAUUCUCUGCUCGUGGGCGUUCGGGUGUUCGCUCAAGGUAUGUUGACACAUUCAACAAGGGAGGUGUAACCCCAGCAACCUCAUUUCAGUCGCCUUCUUUUCCUGCGAAGAUAUCUCAGGCUUCCAAUCCCAAGUUUUUCAUUCCCACCCCAGUGGCCUCAAGUGAAGAUAUAGUUCAGACAACUGCGGGGAGCACACCGGAAGUCAUAGCAGACAAUGAAAAUCCUCCUAUAUAUACGCAAGAAGAUUCGCUCUCAUCUCCACCAACAUCUACACCAACACCCACAUCACCGCCAUCAAUCUCUAUGCAUCGCUUUCCUAGCAUGGAUAAUGUCGUACAAAAGAAAUCAACCGGCAUGCUAGAUGACAAUAACUCACUGCCUCAUUCCUGACUAGUUGCAUCCUGGAGCAGAAGUAUUAAUGAUUCUUGUAAUCCUUAUAUGAAGAACUGAAUGGGAGCAGCACUUGGUAUGCCAUCACUAUCUGAUAUGCCUCCCAACUCUCAUUUAAAGCGUUACUUAAAAGAGUGGUAGUAACUUUGGGGCUAAAUUAUAAGAGACUGCUGGAGGAGGUUGUAAAUUAAUAGUUGAACAUUCUCCUUAUGCUCAUUGUAUUUGUCGUCGACGGCUUAAUCGCAGCAGCAUGGGUGAUAACUGAUAAGGCAGUGCUCAUCAUGGGAGUUCAGGUUUUUUGUUGGGACCCCAUGACUACAUAGAUCUGCAUAUGGUUUUUGCAUUAUCAAUGAGAAGGUAUAAAGUGACACUUUUGUACAUUGAUUUACCCUAAACUGUGCUUGUGCUUAUUUUCCGCAUGAGUUUCAGCUUA